ACAAACAAGCAGAGGAAGUACAAUUCUGGGCCAAAGUUCAUCCUCACACCUCUCUCCUGUUACUGGUCCAAUACCUAUGCUAGUCACCACUUUUAAAACUAGAAAAGGACUUGACAACAUAAGCAAAAGACAUUGCUUACUCUUGGCAGUAAACUUUCACAAGUUGUCUGCCUGCCAGAUCAGGAAUACAAACUGCACCACUGAGGCUUUCCUCCACACUGCAAAACUUCAGGACGUCAACAAGGACAAGACAAUGCUGCUGCAUCCUCAGAUCAGUGUCCUUGUUGCGUUUAUUUGGAGUCUCCCAUCACUCCUGGCUGGGAAGAUCCUAGUGUACCCUGUGGAUGGAAGCCAUUGGCUUAACAUGAACAUUCUGCUGCGAGAGCUUCAUCAGCGAGGUCAUAAACUGACAGUGGUCCGUUCAGCCAACAGUUGGUAUAUUCCAGAAAACACUACACACUACACACCCAUUACGAUCCAAGUCAAUCACCUCAGCAGCCUGGAGGACCCCAAGUACAUGGCAUCCUUUCUGAAGAGGAAUAUUGACAUUCAAAGAGGGAAAGGGUCAAUUUGGUCAUUCCUAGCCCUGCAGAAAGAGACGAUUACACUAUUAGGAGAGUCUCACAGGUCUACAGCUGAGAUGGUGAGGGCCGUCCUGGAGGAUAAAAAGCUUAUAAAAACACUCAAAGAAACCAAGUUUGAUUUGAUGCUAACUGAUCCUGGUUUUGCAGGAGGGGUCGUAUUGGGUGCAUACUUGGGUCUACCAAUGGUGUUCAACGUCCGAUGGAUAACAAAUGCAGAAGGGCACUUUGCAAUCGCACCUUCGCCGCUUUCCUACAUCCCGACUAUCGGAUCCAGGGUGACAGACAAAAUGAGCUUUGCAAACAAACUAAAAAAUCUCUUGCAUUUCGGAAUUGGCCAAUACAUAGACCACAUGCUGACAAGGCCCCUGUAUCAAGGAGUUGUCAGUGAAUAUAUAGACCCCAACACCAAUGUAUACGCUCUUAUCCAAGGAGCAGAUUUGUGGCUCAUGCGAGUCGAUUUUGUUUUCGAGUUUCCUCGUCCUACUAUGCCCAAUGUCGUCUACAUUGGGGGUUUUCAAUGCAAACCCUCCAAGCCUCUACCGGAUGAAUUAAAUAAGUUCGUCGAGAGCUCUGGAGAGCACGGGGUGGUCAUAAUGUCUUUGGGUACUCUUUUAGGAAGUCUGGUUCCUGACAUAUCUGAAAUUGUUGCCUCGGCCUUUGCUCGGUUGCCCCAAAAAGUAAUCUGGAGGCAUGUUGGGGAAAAGCCAUCUACAUUGGGCAACAAUACUCUUGUAGUGGAUUGGUUGCCUCAGAAUGACCUUUUGGGCCACCCUAAAACUAAAGCUUUUGUCACUCAUGGAGGAACGAAUGGAAUUUAUGAGGCUAUUUACCACGGAGUGCCAAUGCUCGGACUGCCGCUCAUCUUCGAUCAAUUUGACAAUAUGAUUCGCCUGGAAGCCAGAGGGGUGGCUCGGAUGCUUGACGUCGCAACCCUAGAUGUAGAUAUCCUAACGCAAGCUUUGAAAGACAUUCUGGAUGAAAAACAACCGUACCAGAAAAACAUGCGCAAAAUGUCAAGCCUACAUCGCGACACGCCACUCAAGCCAAUGGACAGUGCUAUCUUCUGGCUGGAGUUUGUCAUUAGGCAUAAGGGUGCAGCGCACUUACGCACGGAGUCCUACAAGCUUCCUUGGUAUUCCUACCACUGCUUGGAUGUGCUAAUGCUGAUAAUGAGUUUGUGUACGGCAGCAGGCCUUCUCUUGAUCUUGAUUAGCAGGGCUUUGUUGAAAGCGUGUGCCAGGAAAAUAAAAGCUAAAAAAGAGUGAAGAGGCAACUUUGGAAACACUAGUUUUCCUCUCUUUUUGUAUUAGUUAGUGUCAUUAAAUUGUUAGUUCACCCAGAAAUGAAAAUUCUGUUAUUUAUUACUCACCAUGUUGUUACAAUCCCCUGAGACCUUCAUUCAGGUUUGGAACACAAAUGAAUAUAUUUUAGAUGAAAUCCGAGAGGUUUCUGACCCUUCAUUUACAGCAAUGAUCAAAGUCUAGAAAAGAAACCAAAACAAAUUUCAUGUGACUUUAGUGGUUCAACUGUAAUUAUAUGAAGCUCCAAGAACAACUUUGUUCACCAAUGUCAGGUCAUGGUGUGUUUACUAUGGGCAUUACAAUCAGUAGCUACGUUUCCAUUCAAAGAUGCUAAUUAAAUUUAUGUGCAUAACUGGAAAAUCGAAUAAAAGACAUGAGAAUAAAGCAGUGUUUCUAUCCAACUGGUCAAAGAGAACAAAAUAGUCACGUCCUAAUUAACUGGCACCAAAUAUCAAAAGUAAAAACGGAAUUUGCUGUGGUAGGGAGAAGCUGCGUCAGACGCUCAACAAUUUUGGAGGUAAUUAAUAAUAUAAUAACACUAAUACUGGCAUUUUAGAAUCCCCAAAACAACAUUUCAGAUCUUUUACAGUGUGCUCAGCCUGCUGGUUUGUCCAUUCACACACAUUUUAUACCAUCACAUGAUCUUUUAUAACAAAAUCACAUGACUUUUUUUAAGCGCAUACUGGAAUUUGUUCGUAAAAGUGUUUAUGCGCAUCUUUUCUUAUCGAAUAAAGUUUAUCUAACUCAGUAAUGUGCAUUUUCAAAAAUGUAUGCCCAUCUUAGCGUUUUUCAUCAACCUA